CUUUCCCCCUGUCGCCGUCGCGCACCAAAAGCCACGACACAAGGCGACAAGCACAAUGGCGAGUGUGCUCAACAACCUCUUUGGGGGCAAACCGUCGGCCCCCAAGCCUGACGCGGCUAGCGUCGAUCCGGACUUUGCCGAGUUCUCCCAGACUACCGCCGAUCCGUCUCCGGUUCCCGUCGCGGCCGAGUCCUCGACGUCAACUGCCUUGGGCGCCGGUCAGACCGUGCGGCCCUACACCAAGUGGUACAGAGUCCACGAGCGCUACAGCCUGUCCGAGUUCAAGGCCGAGGGCGUCAUCCUCUCCAUCAUCGCCGCCGUGCUGAUCCUCCAUCUCUUCGGCGCUCGCCUGAACCGGAACAAGGCGAGGAAGUGGAUUCGCGCCCACGCCGCCCCGCUGGCUGCCGAGUUUGCCUCGGUUGGCUUCUCUGGCGUGCCUCUCGCCGCGGCCGACAAGAAGGGGGAUGCGCUCCUGCAGUCGGUCGUCGUGACCGACGAGGCUCAGAGCGACAGCCUGAUCAAGGAGAAGAGCCUGUUCGAGUUCGCCAUCUACGCGACCGGCCGUGCCAACGUCGCCUUUGUCGAUGUGAAGCUCACUCUCCUGAAGCGCUUCAACCCGCUUACCGUGCUCUUCGAGAAAGUGGCCGCCUUCUUCUUCGACAGCGUCGCCGAGACGCACGACGUCGCCGAGGCCAUCCUGUACCCCUUCGACGGAAAGGAGUCGCUCCUCGUUCCCACCAUUCCCGGUGCCCCGGAAGUGCGCAGCAAGGAUGGCAAGAGCACCUAUGACGGCUUCGUGUGGGCUCUGGUUCACAAGGAGUGCAUGAAGCAGGUCCGCGAUGACCGCUACGACGUGUCGCUCACCGUGACCAAGGACAACCCCAAGCUGCCCAACUGGCUGACCGUCAUGACCGAGAGCGCCGAGAUCACCGAUGCUCUGCUUACUCCGGAGUUGAUCAAACUCGCCGAGGCUGCCGGGGACCUGUUCGAAUAUCUCAUCGUCUCCGACCAGCCGACUGAAAAGCCCAAGACGCUCAACGAGACGACCCCCCGCAAGCGCAUCUUCCUCAAGUACCACCUGCCGUCCAACAACGACUACACCAACCUGGUGCCCCUCUUCCGGUAUUUCCUGCGCCUGACGGACAAGCUGGUGCAGGUGGGACACUUCCGUCCCGAGGUGCUGCGCAAGGUCAAGGCGGCGCGCGACGCGACGGCCAAGCAGAUCGAGAAGGCCGAGAAGGAGAGCCGGGCCGAGGAGCUCGCCGCGGAGAGGGAGCGCGCCAAGAAGGCCAAGCGCGACCAGGAGCUCAACGCCCUCGACGCCAAGGCCCAGAAGAAGUACCUCGAGCGCGAGCGCGAGAGGGAGCUGAAGAGGAGCAUGAAGAAGCAGACCCUGAGGGCCUAGGAGACUCGCCGAUUUGGCCAGGGUGGCUUGCCC